AUGUCAAAUUCUCAAGCCGAACUGGACGAGGUCGCUGCACCACCGCCUAUCCGUCAUCACCCAGAUCAUGAUCUGGAGACUCGGCAUACCAACGAGGAUGAAGAAUCACACCCACCCCCCAAGGCAAAGUCCCGGGGUGGAGAUCACACCUCUGAGAUUUGGCGCAACAUAUACAUCAUCGGCCAUCUUACAUUAUUCUCGUUUCUCGGCACACUUCUUCGAAUUGCCGUGGAGUGUCUAACAUUCUACCCUGGCGCGCCCAUUGCGACAAGUGUACUCUGGGCCAACGUCGGGGGAAGCAUGGUCAUGGGGUUCCUGAGUGAAGACAAGAAUCUCUUCACGAUCAAGAAGCCCGGCCCGAAAAAGACCGACGAUGAGACAUUUCAGCAAGAAGUUGACAGUCCACCAAAAAAGACAAUCCCCCUUUAUGUUGGGUUGACCACAGGCUUUUGCGGAAGCUUCACAUCAUUCUCUACCUUCAUUCGAGAUAUCUUUCUGGCAACUAUCAACUCCGUGCCUGCGCCUCUUGGGAAAUACUCGGCCAUAUCGCUGUUUAAAUCGCCUCCAGCUAUGGCCCGGGCUCCAAAUGGAGGUCACAGCUUCAUGGCUAUCCUUGCUGUACUGUUUACUGAAAUUGGACUUUCGCUUGCUGGAUUGUUCCUUGGUGCACAUCUCGCUAUCGGUCUAUCGCCAUGGACUCCAAGUCUCCCGAGGAAACUUCUGAAUAUGCUGAAUCCUUUAAUCCUCAUCUUGGCUAUCCUUUCGUGGGUGGCAGUUAUCUGUCUCGUUAUUCUGCUCCCUCACUACGGCCGAGAUAGCACAAUCUGGAGCGCCGAGUUAUGGAGGGGCCCAGUGCUAUUUUCCCUGGUGUUUGCUCCCAUCGGCUGCCUGGCCCGGUUCUUCCUUUCACUCAAACUCAACGCGAGAAUUCCUUCAUUCCCUCUCGGAACUUUCGUGGCAAAUGUCGCCGGCACCAUGGUCCUGGGGAUGGCAUAUUCCUUGCAACAUGCUUCGAUCAGCGUCUCCUCACUUGGCGGCGGAAGUGUCAAUGGAUGUCAAGUUCUACAGGGCAUCAUGGAUGGCUUUUGCGGGUGUCUGACAACUGUCAGUACAUGGGUGUUGGAGCUUUCGGGCCUACGCAGGCGCCAUGCAUAUCUUUAUGGAUUGAUAUCCAUCGUUGUGGCAUACUGUGCGCUGGUUGUGGAAAUUGGGAGCUUGAAGUGGACUCUUGGUCUGACUACUCCGAUAUGUUUUGCGGAAUAG